UUACUCAACAGCUGAAAAGUAAAUUGGACAGAUGUUUGUGGAGAUCAGGUGAUGUGGGCAGGGUGAGCAUCAUGCUGUUAGCGAUGAGUUUCCAUGAGGCAGGGAGGGAGGCCGGCUCUCUUUCAGAGGCAGUCUUUCAGGCAGAUGUUACGGAACCUGUUCCUUGUCGAGAUGCAUUGGCAACUUUUGGCUGUCCUAUCGCUGUUUUGUCAGACGCUUGUAUUGACGGUAGCUGUGAGAAAACGAAGUGAGAGCUGGAGACAGGACUGCAGGAGCUGUCAGGAGUGUUCGAAGGAAAAUGGCUGUCUGCGCUGCUCUGGGCGGCUCUUCCUGUUCCUGAACAGAGAUGGCAUGAGUCACCACGGCUCCUGUCUUCACUCCUGCCCCUCUGGACACUUCGGCCUCCGGGGCAAAGAUCUCAACCGCUGCAUGAAAUGCAAAGCUCCAGAGUGUGAGAGGUGCUUUAACAAGGACUUUUGCACCAAGUGCAAGGGAGGAUAUCUGCUCUUUAAAGGCAAAUGCUUCAAAAGUUGUCCAGAGGGCACAUUUCCUCAGUCCACAGACUGCGUGGAAGGAUGUGUGUUCAGUGUCUUUGGCGUCUGGGGUGAAUGGAGCCCAUGUCAGCACAAUGGCCUGAGCUGUGGUGUCAGAUGGGGACAGCAGAGCAGGACCCUUGAGCUGUCCAGCAACACGCCUGAAGAGACAGAAGCGUUAUGCCCACCUCAGACUGAGAGCAGAAAGUGCCGGAUGAAGAAAAGGUGUCCAAAAGAUAAAAGGACAAAUGAAAGGAGAGAAGAAAGAAGAAGGGCACAGAAAAUGUUGAAGCUCUCACUCGUCACAGAACCUCCAUGGGGAAUGUAAAGUUCUGGAAUGGAAGUAUUCCUUCCUUAGUAAUAUAUAAACAGUUUUUUAUAAACAAAAUAUUUUUAUAUAAAUAUUUUAAUUUAAUAUUGCUACUUUAAUAAUCAGGAUCUGAGAUUGCACAUCUUUUUUAAUGCAGAUGUAUUCAUUUUUUUUUUUACAUUAUUUUGUUUGCAUUUAUUUUAUUGACAAGUUGGGGAGGCUGUUACCCAACACUACAGCUUGGCUUAAACCCCCGGUACAGUGUGGUUUAACAAAGACAAGAUCCAUGUUGGACUAUGACACUGUACAUCUGAUGAGUAACAGACGAACAGCUUGAUGUGGUUUGGGCUGUAUCUCCACAGCUUUCUGUACAUGCCUCAGGCUGUUCUGUGUUUUCCAACUACAUACUCUCCUAAUAUUUGCACUUAUUCACUAUAAUUGUAUUAGAGUAAAAAAAAAAAAGACACAGAAAAGAGAUGGCAAAGAUCAUGACCUUGUACUCCAUUUAUUCAAGGUGCAUUUACGCCAUGUUGUAAUUACUGUAAUUAUGUGAUUUCAACUUGUAGAAAGCAUUCAUGUCCUCAUAGAGCUCGUAAUUAUAACUUGUAAGCUGUGAAUUUUCUAAGAGCUCCUACUUGUACCAUCUCAAAAUGAUGGUAAUUAUGACAUGGCGUGGAUGCAGCAUCAGUCCCAUAGAUGUAUGAUGCCUCUUUAGCAGCUGUUUCUAUGGGCCCCUGUAUGUAAGCCAUCCACCAUAUUGGAACGGUCAAAGCCGGUCUGUGAACAUUUGAGAGCAAGUUGACUGAGCGUCUGCAGCUGUAGUUAGACGCAUAUAUGAAUAUCGACAGUGACGACAUGUGAGUGACGACAUGUCUGGAGCCGUCGAAUGUGCCUCCAUAGCAGUAGCGGCUCCUGACCAUAAAAUUUAGGCAGGGCAGAUUCUGGGUCUUAGCGCUAAUUUAUGAUAAAUAUUUUGUAAUCAUUAAUCUAAUUGCUGAACACAUACAGACAUACUAUUGGCAGAGGUCUAGUGUCCUUGUGUUAUUCAGCCUGAGGGUGGCGCUCUAAUGUUGAUUGACAGGCAAGCAUAGAAUGAUUUCUUAGUAUUGCCUUAAGUGUUCAUUGCCUUGUUCAUUGCAUUGAGUUUAUGACCUAUACUGCAUCCAGCCACCUGGGGGCGAACGAGAUGCUUUCGCUUUACUUCUGAGAAAACAGGUGUGUUCGACAUAGGCUGCGGCCGGAUGCAACCGAUCGGCGAGAGUAGCCGUGUACAGGCGGGGAGGAGCCAGUGCCCAAGGAAGUCGACCGGAAGUUGAAGUCGGCCAGGUGCCGCCAUCUUGUAGCAGAACUUCACUUGCGUUAGCAUCCCCAUUGACUCCCAUUCAUUUUGGCGUCACU